UGCGCCUGCGCAGAAAAACAAGGAAGUAGUUUCAGAGAAGAAACAUUUACGUGUUGUUUAUAAUCGGUUUCAUUCAGUACUGUCAGAUUUGUCAAAGCUUUAGCGUUCAGCGACGAGCAGAAGCAAGCAGAUGUGUGUCCGGUAACUGUUAGUGUGAGUUCGGGUGUUGAUGAUGGUGGAAAACUCUCCGUCUCCGCUGCCGGAGAGAGCGAUUUACGGCUUCGUGCUGUUUCUGGGCUCGCAGUUCGGAUUCUUUCUGUAUGUGGUUUGGGCUUUUGUUCCUGAUGUUUGGCUUCACUCUGCCGGACUGACGUACUGGCCUCAGAAAUACUGGGCUCUGGCGGCACCCAUCUACCUGCUGGUCACUUUAUUCACCUGUUUGGUGCUGCUGUUCGGGGUGAACAUGAUGAACACGGCUCCGCUCGCAUCUGUAGACAACAUCACAGAUCACUAUGCCAAGAGUCAGCGUGCAGAUGAGGAUCAAGAAGGAGCGGUUCCCAGACUCAAAGACGUUCCCAUCAGUGAAAUAAACCGCGUGCUUUACCUGAAUCAUCACGCGCAGUGAUGUGUGUCGUCGGCGCAGACGUGUGGCGUUUGCUCAGGGUUUAGAUGAUCAGAUCCAUCAGCCGCGUGACAGGCCUGAGCUCUGACUGUCAGGUGACCCGUGGCGCGGCCGUCGUGACCCCGCUGACCCUCGGACAGACCUGAGGGACUUCAGAUGACGAAAACACUCUAAUAAAGCUAAAAAACUGAAAACACACUGAGCUUGAGCGUGUUUCUCAAACACCAAACUCCUGACGUGGUGUUGUGUGGUGGUUUGGGGUCAGACCGUGACCUCUGUGACCUCAGACUAGAAGUGAAACGGUCAGAUCACUAUCUGCCAUCAUCUGCUCCAUCAGUCUGCGGCGGGUACGUGUUCCUGCUCGUCUCCUCCCGCAGACACCGGCCCUCAUGAGCAAACAGACGGGUGUCGGGUGGCCGGUCACCGUUUAACCUGUGACCCCCUGACCCCACGACCCCGCCGCAGUCACAUGGUGAAAAAUACACUGCUGUUUGCUUCUUUUUCUCAUGUUUGUUUUAUUUAUUACAAUGCGAUGACUUAUAUACAAUUAAGUCGUCACUGCACUGUAAAACAUUGAAAAAAAUAAAACAUAUAUUUGUAACCCUGGACCACAAAACCUGUCAUAUAGGUCAGUUUUUUGAAACUGAGAUUUUUACAUCAUCUGAAAGUUGAAUAAAUAAGUUUUCCAUUGUUAGGAUAGGACAAUAUUUGGCAGAGAUACAACUAUUUGAAAAUCUGAGGGUGCAAAAAAAUCAAAAUAUUGAGAAAAUCACCUUUAAAGUUGUUCAAAUGAAGUUCUUAAUAAUGAAUAUUACUAAUCAAAAAUUAAGUUUUGAUAUAUUUACAGUAGGAAAUUUACAAAAUAUCUUCAUGGAACAUGAUCUUUACUUAAUAUCCUAAUGAUUUUUGGCGUAAGAGUAAAAUUGAUCAUUUUGACGCAUACAAUGCAUUGUUGGUUAUUGCUACAAAUAAACCCAUGAUACUUAAGUAAAGCUGUGUUUUGUGCUUCAGGGUCUGUAACAAAAUUUAGUUUAAUAGUCAGUUUAGGUAGAAAUGACUUGUACCGCUAAUUUGACUUUUUGUUUUUUGUUUUUUUACAGUGUGUGUUAUUCAAACAUGCCGCUUCAUCAGUCAUCUAAAUAUGCAAAAGCCUGUUUUUAACAUUUUUAUGCUGUG